UUUAACUGGGACCAAGAUGCUGCUCCUCUCUCCAGUUUACCAUCUAUUGGUUUGACUUUGGUCGGAUAUCUUGUUGUUUCCUAUACUCUUAGUUUUAUUCUUGGUACCAAGUCCAGAGAGGAAAUGGAACAAGAACAUAAGAAUCCAACCUUUGUACAAAAGAUUUUGAAGGUUUUAGCCUUUUUACAUAAUUUGAAUAUGACUGUUAUUUCCCUUGUCUGUUUCUUUGGAUUGUUGUUUGAAGUUACUUCUAUUGGAUUGAAGGAUGGUUUCUACAGUUUGUUGUGUGACCCUGAACAUAAGUAUAACGUUGGUUAUAUUCCAUUCUGGACCUACAUGUAUUACUUGUCUAAAUAUGUAGAACUUUUUGAUACUUUCCUCCUUGUUAUCAGAAGAUCUAGACUCAGAUUUAUUCACACCUAUCACCAUGUCACCACAAUGUCAAUUUGUUAUUAUGGAUUGUACAGUGGAGGUACUGGACAAUGGAUUCCAAUUAUUUUGAAUACUUUUGUUCACAUUGUUAUGUACUAUUACUACAUGAAGGUCACUUUAGGUUUUGAUGUCUGGUGGAAGAUGUAUUUGACUGAUAUUCAAUUAACUCAAUUCAUUUUUGAUGCUGCUGCUUUCACUGCUUACUCAUAUGUU